AUGUCGCCGAAGAUCCAAGAAGGUCGACAAUACGAAAAGUCCAGUAACGAGGAGUCGAUGAAAGACGAACCGAAUUACACGGCGAAGAGUUUCACAAAUGAUCUGAAGAAGUUCUUACUUAAACCGUCGUCGCCUCGACUCAGUUUGAGGGAGAAGUUUAUGAUCAGUUUCAAGCAGGAGCUGGAGGCGACGAAAAAGUCACCCAAAUUAAAGGCUAUUAAGGGAUUAUGGAAAUCUUAUUAA